AAUUAGGCUUCUAUUUCUUGGUGACUGGCACUGACAUUUUUCCUUGACAAAUAUGGUGUACAUUUCACAGCUUUGGAUAUUUUUUGGUGCUCUGGUGUCUUCAAACACUCUGGACCGCUGGCAUACAAGAUGCACAGAUGUUACCAUCAGAGCCUCUCUGAGAUCUGAAGUCUCUCUUCCAUGUCACUUUACUAUAAGCCAUUACAAUAAAACAGAGAAAAUAAAAUGGAGCCACCAGUCCAGUCUUGUAACGAUCACAAACAAUGGCAUUAUCUACUUCGAUAAUCCUAGUGAAGGACGAGUGAGCUCUUUCCCUAAUCUGGCAAGAGGAGGAAACUUUUCCAUCCUCAUCCAUGAUCUGCAGGCUUCAGACAUCGGCACCUAUUUUUGUGAGCUGAACAGUGAAUGCUGGAGGGUGAAGAUCAUGGAAUUGCCAAAAACUGAACAGCUGAACUCUAAUCGCAACUCCUGGUUAUUCUUUUUUGCUGGAGCUGGAAUUUUCACUCUGCUUUUUAUUAUAUUCAAUCGCACUGGCUUACAAACCCGUUUGCAGUCCUCGACAGAAAAAUGCAUGAGAUCAUCCAAAUCUAACUCUACGAAUGAAGAACACCAUGAAGCAUUCAGAAAUCCAGAUCCAAAUGAUUUUACGACAUCUACAGUAUACUAUGUCAUCCAGGCAUAAUACUUCAAUUUAGAAGGUGCCGGCAAGAGGGGAAAAUAAAAAUCAUGAUUUCCUAUUUCAGAUUAUAAUUCUGUUAUUUUGUCUAUCAGUAAAUACUGUUG